CUUAGCUUUCAACACUCGUCUGCCUGCUCCAUGCGAUGCUACCUCCUUUAGCCUCAGAGCUAACAACAUGGCGGAUGUCCCUGCUCCGGGAUCAGUCGUAGUCAGUGACUGGCAUCGAUGUAAAGACAGCAAGGAGUAUUUCAACAAGAUCCUGAACAAGAAGCGACGCAAGAACUUCGGCUUGUUGGAGUCUCCAGUGAUGCCCCCCCAUGCAGCUGUGGACACGGUUCAUUAUAAGAUCUUCAUCUCUGGAAAGAGUGGAGUUGGUAAAACCGCUCUGGCUGCUCGACUCGCAGGCCUGAACAUCCCACCUGUGCACUACGAGACCACAGGAAUUGAGACGACCGUGGUGUAUUGGCCGGUGAAGCUGAGAGAAUGUGAACGAGUGCUUUUCUUCCGUCUGCAGCUGUGGGACUGUGGAGAGAACGCCUUGCGUAGAUUUGACCAUUUGCUUCCGUCCUGUAAGGAGCAGGUGGACGCCGUCCUGUUCCUGUUUUCCUUCACUGACCGGCCGUCCUUCGACGACCUGUCCAAUCAGAUCGGGAAGUGGAGCGGACCAUCUGCGGGUCGAGCCGCAAAACUGGUGGUCGGCACCAAAUUUGAUCUCUUCAUGCACUGUGACGUGGCAGAGAGAGACGUGAGGGACUUCCAGGAGACAUGGGGCCUGCCGCUGCUGCGUGUGGGGGGGGAGGUGAGCGAUGGGCUGGGGGACGUAGCUCUGCUCCUCAACUGCCUGGCAGAGCAGCUGUGGCAUCAGGACUGUGUCACGGCUGGAUCAGCGUGCCACCCAUCACAGCAGGAGGCCGGGACUCUGCUCUGAUUCAGAGGAGUGAAGGAGGUAGUGGAGGCGAAACGGAUCCAGGGUGUCAGCCGCUGAGGGACUGGGCUCAGCAGCUGGUCUGGGAGAAGCUCAGCUCCCUCAGGAGGAGAUGGAGCAUUAGAGAUGGAUGCUUAUGCUCGAAGGUCUUCACUUCUCAUGGUCUGUUAGCAGGCUGAUGUGUUGACAUCAUUGGAUUAUAGACCAGAUUAUUUCUGGGUCUGAUGCUUGGUCUUUAAAAUCCAUAUUCAGUAUUUAUUAGUUUUGUUGAAAGAAAUAAACCAAGUGCCUUUGUUUAGUCAUGUUGACUUUACAUUAUUUUUGUGGUCCCCUUCCUCCGCUGUACAGUCAAUUUAUAAGACAUUUCUAUUUUCUUUAACCAGGUUAUACAUUUUUAACAAUUAAUUACAUCAGUGAAUCGUCAAUAUCAUAAAAGCUCUGACAGAAUGUUUAUUGAGGUGUGUGCUAAAUAUGAAAUCAUAUUUCUCAUUGAAGAUCAGUUUGUUAUGUGAUCAUUUGUGCUUUAAGUCAAUGUAAUAAGGUCAGAACAUUUUAUUCUUUAAUUAGAAAACAGAGAACUUUGCUUAAGAUGCCAGUGUUAAAUACAAGAAAGAAAAAGAUUCCCUCACUCCAUGUGUCUGCUAAUGUGAAUUUGUGCACGUUAGAAUACUCUUGUGUUACAUCUUAUGUCGUCAUGUGAUUUUGAACAUUUUGAAGUGCAGUGAAAUUCCAAUCAAUCUCAAGUGUGAACAUUUAAGUUAGUUAUCGAAAAAUAAAAACGUGCAUUUUAAAACA